AUGGCGCCAGCUCAGAUCGCUAUCGCUGCACCCCUAGGGCCGUCGACACCACUGUCUGCAUCCAAACCUCUGCGCCAUGACUUUCCCCAACCUGAAGAGUCCUCAAUACAAACUGUCGACGCGCUCGUGCGACAUCGUGCGCGGCGCGAUCCCCAUGUCACCAUUGUGGCGUAUCCGCGCUCUGGAGUUGACUUUGUAGACUACACAAUGCAACAGCUAGAUGUGUUCGCCUACCGAGUAGCCAGACACUAUCAGGCUUUCAUCCCCACACGAUCCAGCUCUGCAGAGAAGCCUACCACGGUCGCGGUGCUAGGGCCAAGUAAUUUGGACUACAUCGUGACAAUGCUUGCGCUUACCAAGCUCGGACACACUGUGCUGUUUCUCUCAACGCGAAUAUCCCAAGCCGCCAUUGAUUCUCUUGUUACAAAAACUGGUGCUACAUAUCUGUUAGCAGACUCCCGGUUUGCGCAGUCUGCAGCCGACGCACAAACAAAUAUCCCGACAUUGCACAUCGGCGAGAUUGCAGGAUUCAGCACCUACAACUUUCCUAUCGAAGUCCAUGCGGAUACUCGUCUUGACUAUCAACUGGAUCACACGGUUGAAACUUCGAAUAAUAUCUACAUAAUACACUCUAGUGGCUCCACUGGGCUACCGAAGCCGAUCUAUCAAACACAGAAGAGUGCAAUCGCCAACUAUGCCAUCAGCAUGGAUAUGAAAGCCUUCAUCACUCUUCCCUUAUACCACAAUCAUGGAAUCUGCAACUUCUUUCGUGCGAUAUACAGUGGCAAAUCCAUCCAUAUCUACAACGCCGAUCUACCCCUGACUCAGUCUUAUCUAUCCACGAUCUUGAGGCAGCACACAUUCGAGAUCUUCUACGGCGUGCCAUAUGCUCUCAAGCUUCUUUCCGAAUCGGAUGAAGGAAUCGAGCUAUUGAGACAACUCAAGAUUGUCAUGUACGGAGGAAGUGCUUGUCCAGACACUCUGGGCGAUCUACUGGUGAACAGUGGAGUUAAUCUUGUCGGCCAUUAUGGAGCUACUGAAGUCGGCCAGCUCAUGACAUCCUUCCGACCUGCCGACGACAAGGUCUGGAAUUAUGUUCGUGAGUCACCGAAGCUAUCUCCGUAUCUUCGGUGGGUACCACGCGGACCAAACCUCUACGAAUGCACAGUCUUGCCAGGUUGGCCAGCAAAGGUUGCCUCCAAUCUACCAGACGGUAGUUACGCCACGAAGGAUCUAUUCGAACCUCACCCCACGAUUGAUAAGGCCUGGAAAUACAUAGCGCGCCUGGACGAUACAAUCGUCCUGGUGAAUGGCGAGAAGUUCAAUCCGGUCAUGAUGGAAGGAACAAUCCGUUCGCAUCGAGCCGUGACUGAGACGGUCGUCUUCGGCUCAGGUCGGCCAUACCUUGGCAUUCUUGUGGUCCCAGCAAUCGAAGGCAUGUCGACUGCAAGGGUCAUUGAUGAGAUAUGGCCCGUCAUUGAAGCUGCGAACCAAACAGCGGAAGCAUACGCAAGGAUCUCCAGGGAUAUGAUCCAAGUUUUGCCAUAUGGCUGUCAGUUUCCACGCACGGACAAAGGCAGUGUGAUCAGGCAAGCAUUUUACAAAACGUUUGCUACCGAAAUUGACAACAUAUAUGAUGUGGCUGCAUCAUGUGGCGGCGAUUUGAAGACAUUCACUCUUCUGAAGAUGGAAAACCACUUGCGUACGAUCCUGGCCAAACACUUGCCGCAGGCAAGCGACAUCGAGUGUACCACAGAUCUCUUCUCGCUGGGACUGGACUCAUUACAAUCGAUUCAGAUACGGAUGGACAUCCUCAAGACAGUCGAUAUUGGUUCCAAUAAGCUUGGCCAAAACGUAGUAUUUGAGCAUCCGUCUAUCUCAUCUCUCGCCACACAUCUCUACAGACUACAGACCGGACAAGAGGUUGAGAUUGUGUCAGCUGCCGCACAGAUGCAAGACCUUAUCGCGCAAUAUACCAAGUUCGAGCUGGUUGAUAGAAGACAGACUGUGCUUACAGGUGCGACUGGCUCGCUAGGCGCUCAUGUCCUUGUACAGCUAGUCAAACGUUCGGACAUCGACACAGUUUACUGCCUUGUACGUGCCACAGACUACAAGGCAGCAGCUCAUCGUGUCCAAGAAUCCCUCAUCCAGCGGAAAUUGUAUCAUACCCUAUCGCUUUCUGCACGCAGGAAAAUCCAAGCUAUACCUUCUGAUCUAUCUGAACCCCAUCUCGGCUUAGACGGUACGACUUAUGCACGCGUAGCCUCAGGUCUUGCUAGUGUCAUUCAUUGCGCAUGGAGCGUCAACUUUAACAAGAGCUUGAUGUCGUUCGAGAAGGACUGCAUUGCUGGAGUACGACAUCUAAUCGACCUAUGUCUUGCUACAUCAUCCAUCAAGCCUGCAUCCUUCGACUUCUGUUCUUCUGUCAGCACUGUCGCACGAUGCCCUGAUUUGCACACACCCGAGAUGCUAGCGGAGCUUGACUGGGCUCAAGGAAUGGGAUACGCUCAGAGCAAAUGUGUCGCGGAGCACUUAUGCUUGGCCGCGGCGAAGAAGACUGGUGUUCGAGCGCGUGUUCUGCGCGUCGGUCAGAUCGUUGCGGACACCGUACAUGGCGUGUGGAACGCGACUGAAGCCAUACCUCUUAUGAUGCAGUCUGCACUUACUGUUGGCGCGCUACCCCGACUCCAAGAAUCGCCGAGUUGGACACCUGUUGACGUUAUCGCGAAAGCCGUGACAGAGAUCUCACUCAGCGACGCCGGCUCUGUGGUGGCGAAUGUGACCAACGCGAAGAGCUUUUCCUGGACCGAUGAUCUACUUCCCGCCCUCCGAGAAGCUGGCCUCCAGUUCGAUGAGGUUGAACCCAAGGAAUGGGUGCGCAGGCUUCGUGAGUCAAGUCAGGACGCUGUGGCGAACCCACCCAUCAAACUGGCUGACUUCUUUGCGUCCAAAUACGACAAGGAUGCUUUCGGCCCUUCGCGUACAUAUGAGACCAGCGUGGCCAGGACUUUCUCUCCUUCACUUGAUGAAGCACCUGUGCUGGAUCCGUUGUUUGUAAAGACGUUUGUCAAACAUUUCCAAGCUGCUGCUUGGCAAUCACAUACUCCUGGAGUUGCGAGGAAACCAACCAAGCAGGUCGUUGUAGUCGCCGGGCCUUGUGGCAGCGGCAAAAGCACCAUUGGACAACAUCUCAGCGCCCGCUUCAAAGUACCUUUCAUUGAAGGUGACGAGCUCCACACUGAAGAUGCUAUCGCGUCGAUGGCUGCCGGCACACCCCUCGAUGACCUCGCCCGUGCUCCAUGGAUCGCCCGUCUCGGGCAGCGCGCGCUGAAUGUUAUUACCAAUGAAGGUCAUGAGUGGGUCUUUCUAUCCUGCUCAGCCCUGAAGAAGUCGUACCGCGAUCAGUUCCGCGCUCUGAUGAAUGAUCAAGUACGAGUUGUCUUUGUGGGUUUACAAGUUGAUCAGGAAGAGCUGGUGCGACGAAUGCACGAGAGGAGUGAUCAUUACAUGAAGGAGGAUAUGGUAGAGAGCCAGCUUGCUAUUUGGGAGGUUGCUGAUGUAUCAGAGACGGAUGUACUGCCUGUAGAUGCUGCAAACAGUGUUACAGAAGUUGUGGAAGAGGCUUCUGGACUAUUAGAAGCUCUCAGCUCCGCAUAA